AUGGAGAGCGUCAAUGUCUCCGAGCUGGUUGCUCGAUUGGGAGCCGAGGAGGAGUCGACCAAGAAGAUGGCAGCGUUCAAGUUACAGAGCGCCAUUGGUGACCCCUCCUUCGCAGACGUCUUCAUAUACGAGGGAGGCUUGCCGAAGCUCAGAUUUCUGGCUCUGCAUGCGACAGGAAACACUUUGGCUUACAGCCUCACAUCGCUGGCGCGCCUACUUGAGCUGGACAAGGGCUGGGACCAUGUCACAGAUGAUCUGAUAGCGAGAAUAGUCGAUCUCGUAGUUGCGCAGCCACUCGUCAAUGUCAAUCGAGGUGCCAUGUCGGUUCUAGCAGCGAUUGUCGGACACCCUCUCCAUCGAACCUCUCAGCCUGGUACCACUGGCUUCCAGAGACUCAAGCCAGCAGUCGACACCCAGCCGCACUUCCUCCCUUCGCUCGUCGAAAAGAUCACCUCCGCCGACCAUGCCCUCUGCGCAAACUCGCUCCAGCUGAUCAAUGCGCUGAUGCGCGACGCCAUCGCCCACGAUGCCGACUUCGAGGCGCCCAAGUUUAUAAAACAGCUACAGGAGCUUGGUGUAAUAAAAAGCGUAUAUGCGCUCAUGCAGAGCUCUGCGAUACAAGACUUGGCUCAUCCGUUGCUGGACUUCCAGACACUCACCAAAAUACUACUGCGUAAUUGGCGGGAAGAGAAGGUGGAUUUGGAAAAGUCAGACCACCGAAGGGCAAUUCGAGGCUUACACACCGCCACCAGUGCUGAGAAGCAAGUGGCGGACGGUAAAGGCAGUAAGAAGUUGAAGUGGCGGCGGCUGGGCUUCGAUACAGAGUCACCGGCCUGGGAGUUUGAGGCAACAGGAUUUCUUGGUCUUAUGGACUUCACUGACUAUGUCUAUAAGAACGAAGAUGGAUUCCAGAAGCUCAUGUUGGAGCAGUCAGCAGAAUCAGUCGAGCAGCGCUGCCCUAUUGCUCGCGCUAGUCUUUCGGUUACCUCAAUACUAUAUGAACACUUCGAGGUGGAACGGGCCGACGAUCUCGACUCACAGAGAUAUACGGUUCUUGAGUCUCGGGCAAACUUCGACCGAUCCUUCCGGCCUCUGCUGCUUCAUUGGUCACGAGUGCACACAAGCGGCCUCAAUGCGUUCAUCCGACUGUGGAAAACGGCAAGAGCCCAAGUAGAGGACUUUGAUAAGAUUGAAGAACUGGUUCGGAUAUUGAUCGAGCAAGUUGUUGGUCAGGCACCUCGUACGAGAGGGAUCAAGGACGUCGAGGAAGAGUUGGCAGAAUUUGAGAUACAGAGACUGCGAGAGUUACAGAUGGAGUUACUCGAACUCACGUAUGAAGAUGCAUGGGGACACCACUUACGCCAAGUCCGUGAGGAACUGAACCAUGAGGCUCUCCAGUUCGUCAAGGAGCAAAGGAUAAGGUGCUUACUUCAAGGCGCGUGGUUUCCAAGUGGUCUUGACUACAGCUCGGGUGCGGGGCCCGUCACAAGCAAGACUCUCAGCCGUGCAGUCCCCUCAGCGUGGCGUUUUGUACGACUUUCACACAACCGCCGAUAUCUGCAUUAUGCCGACUUUGACGAAAAGGCAACAACCGAACCGAGGCUGGACGCCUUGCAGGAAAAAAUUGAUCUUUCCAUUGUGUCCUCUGUCGUGAGCAAUGUCUCGGCAGAAGCACCGUCGUCUUCUUCGUCCGAUAGCACAGUGAAGAGUCUCCCGCAGGAGCGAGCCUCCACGUCGACCAAGAUAACGAUUCAUGGCUAUCUGCCUUCGACAAGUCACUCGCGGCAGACUUCCAGCGGUUCAGGUGCAGGACGCAAAGAGUCGGUUUUACUACAGUUGCACCCUCAGGGCCACACGCUUGCAUCAGAAUGGCUUGAUGGACUGCUUAUGUUACUGAAUCAACAGCCUAUCACAGCAGACACCAACAAGCUUGUCGAUUUCAUCGGCGGCUAUGGACUCAAGAUCCGCCUGCUCAACGUGCGCUUCGAGGAUGUGGGCUUAGAGGAGCCGGUCUUACCAAGCCGCGAAGGAUUGGAUGAUGAGUAUUAUUACGACAUAGCUGGAGCAUGA